GCAAGAGGUACAUGGUCCCGAGGGUGGAGCAACGACGCCCAUUUCUCUUUGCAUUCACAAGAACAGAUCCAGUCUCCAGCUGGCGACAGUCGAUACACCGAGCUCGAAGGAAGGCCCCCAACCUAAUUAGCACAGUCCCCCACCCCAAAAGCGAGCAGCGUGCAGCGUUACAGCGACCAGGGCAGGAAGACGGCUGUCGUUGUUGCAUGUGGGUGACACGGCGUCCAUACGCAGCGAGUACAGUCAUAGCCCGCCCGGCCUUCCCACGUUCCCACAAGGCAGUGCUUAUAUAGCCCAGAUGCUGAGGGGAACUACAGUCAUCUACGACUUCAAUCCGGAUAUCCUCUCGCAGAUUCAAGCCGCGCAAAGGCGAGACCGAGAAGAGCAGAGCCGGUACAACAGCUUGAUCACCCUCGGUGCUCUGCAGGCCAACCACUCGGGCGACAGCGGAACAAGAUCACACAGGUCAUCCGCCGGCCCGCCGACGUCGACGCGGGGCUCUGGAAACACAGCGACAUUCUCCUCUCCAUCGGCCGUCUCGUGGUCAGAAUACCUCUUCACCACCCCUGCGGCUGCCAUCGAAAGCCCAGCAAUCCACGAGCCACGCUCACAGUCAAGGCGGCUCAGCAUCUUGCACGCCCCCACCCCACGCUCCACCUCCACGCCGCCCAGUGCUUCUUCGCGGAACCACAGCCACAAACUUCUUCAUCGUAUUCUACCUCUAGGCAGGUCACAUAGUAGAGGCUCCAUUCACGCGAGCGAAGGCCAGCACUACUUUCCCAUCGACGAGGAGACUGGCGAAUACAUUCUCCCUCCCGAACUCGACGCCCGUCCGCCCCUCCCCUUAUCCUGGUCCCGAGGCACGCUUGGUCCCGGUGCCAGCACAGAUACCCUCCACGAUCCAUCUGUCCCUCCUCCUGUCAUCGCAUCCGACGAAUCCCAUCCACCCGAGGCCAUCAUAGACGCCGCCAUGUCUCGCCACGACCGCCCCCUCCACAUUGCCUUGCCCGCGAAUGGGGCGUCUUACAGCCCUCCCCGCUCACCCGUUAGCACCCCGCCGGGCCAGCAAACGGGCGCACUGGCUACGUCGCCCGCAUCGCCCAGGCAUUCGUUUCUCGGCUUCAUGCGCACUAGGGGCAGAUCGGUCACGAUGGAGCAACGUGCGGCCGCGGUUCCCAGCAAUGGCAACUCGCAGACGACCACGUCGGCGUCAUUAGACGCGGCUGCCAGAGGCGCCGGGGCAAGAGAGCAGAGCGCACCGGGGCGUGCUGAGGCGUCGACCGGGGGAGCCGUGACCCGGACUGUCAGCACCCCGCUGAGCGGAACAAGCGCAUCCAACACCGCCCGCCCCGCUGCCGCCCCCACCACCAGCACCUCAGACCCCUCCUCAUCCUCCGCCCCAUCCAACCCUUUCAACAAUGCCUCAUCUUCAUCCAACUCUUCCCCUGCUCCCGCCUCCACAGACCCCGGCUCCAAUGCUCGCCCCGACAUCAAGACAUUCCGUAUCCGUCUAGUCCCCCACCUCGAAUCCCGCCGUUCUUUGCCCUUUGACCCCGUCAUCCGGGAGAUGUACCCUGUCGCUGUCACUGGUCACCCCGGUACCACCCCGAUAGAGGCUGGGAGCCGGGUAGCCGAUAGUGGAUCUAUGAGCACCACUGGCGGCGCAGCAAGAGCGACCGUGAGAGGCAAGCCCGUAGCGCUGGUGCUCAAGAUCGGCCGAUUUACGGACCGGGGCGAUAGGUUGCCUGUACCCCAGCCCGCUUCCAGCGCGGGGGCCAACGGGGGAUGGGGCGGAUCGGGGGGAAUUGGAGGGGAGGGUGCACUGAAUCCGGACAUUCCGCACUCGGCGCCCGCAAACUUGAGUAUCGCAGGGGGUGGUGGGGAGAUGACGAGUGGGAAGGCAGCGUUCAGAAGCAAGGUCGUCAGUAGAAGUCAUGCGGAGAUCUGGUGCGAGGAAGGCGGCAAGUUCUGGAUCAGAGACACCAAGAGUAGCUCCGGGACGUUCUUGAACCACAUCCGACUGUCGAGCCCCAAUGUCGAAUCUCGCCCCAUGAUGAUCAAAGACGGGGAUAUACUUCAGCUUGGUGUCGACUUUCAAGGAGGCACAGAAGAGAUGUUCAAAUGUGUCAAGAUGAGGGUGGAGAUAGGGCGAGAGUGGCAAAGAGGUGCCAACGAGUUCAACACGAAUGCUCUAAAGCAGAUAAAGGCUUUGGGCGGCGGAGACUCGGCCGUCCCAGAGACUCCCAAGGGGGCUGCCACGCCGGGGAAAAAGCAGAAGGCUAGUGUCACCGACUGUUGCAUCUGUCUGUACUCAGUCACAGUCUGUCAAUCUUUAUUCAUCGCACCGUGUUCGCAUGUCUUCCACUACAAGUGUAUCCGACCGUUAUUGAUGCAGCAUUAUCCCGCAUUCUCAUGUCCGCUUUGUCGUACGUUUGCCAAUCUGGAGGAAGACGUCGAGACAGAAGACGCCUGGGAGAUUGCCUCCCGCCGCGCAUCCGUCAUCUCUCGCAGACCGUCCAACCACUCCAUCAUCCCAUCAGCCGCCGCUGCCGUCAACGCUGCUCCACCCAUACCCGCUGGGCCUCCCACAGAAAACGGCACUAGCACAGGCGUGGUCACUGGUUCUCAAAGCUCGGCUGCCGUCAAUGAACUCUUACCGCCUACCGGGAAUGAAACACUGAGUCCGGUCGCUACUUUGACCAGACAGGACACGGUCGUGGCGGAACCCGAUCCACCUCUGACCAACAAUCCGUUCGAGGUUGGCCCCGCCAUAGCAACCGUACCCGAGAACGAAGAGAUGUCGAUCACCUCCACUGGGCCUUCAACCGGUCCUCGGCCCAUCCUCCAACCCAUCGCUGCCGAAAGCGCAUCCAACGCCAACUUUUCGUCUGAAGCUGCUACACCGAUGAACGACACCUUUUUGAGCACUUUGGCGUUGGCGCCGGGUAUGCUGCAACGGCUGGAGCUGGCGGAAGAGAUGAGCAGCCAUGGCGGGACUGCCAAUGGGACCGCACCUGCGAGUGCGGCCGGGAGCGGGGAGAGCAGAACAGGAAGCCAAGACGGAAGCCGGAGGGUGAGCGGGGCGUCGGAUGGUAUUCGGGGCGAUAUGUACACAUGAGCUUGUCUUUUCUUGAGGUGUUUUUUUUUUUUUCUAGCUUUCUAGUAUUUUGCGUGCAACGUUGUCAUCUAGAGUAAGGAUAUCUAAUGAUGAAUCUUGUACUUGUCUUGCAA